AUGGGAGAAAUGGUGAAGAAAAACUUGGGGGAGGACAAGCCUCUUUCGCCUUUGGAAGAUGAGUGUUCCAGAAACAUGGGGGAGCUUGUGGAGUUCUCCAGAAAUGAAAGGGUUAAAUUUGAUGACACAGGCUUAUCCAUGUUGCUGCAAAGUGGGUUGGAGAACCUCCGGCUGGAAAAUUCUCUCACAGAUGUUACCCUGUGUGUGGGCAACAUGAAAUUCUCAUGCCACCGUGUUGUCCUUGCAGCAGCAAGCAAUUAUUUUAGGGCAAUGUUUUGCAAUGAUUUAAAAGAAAAGUAUGAGGAAAACAUAGUAAUUAAAGGAGUUGAUGCAGAGACAAUGCAGAUUCUUUUGGAUUACACUUACACAAGCAAAGCGCUGAUCACAAAGGAAAAUGUCCAGAAAGUCUUGGAAGCAGCCAGCCUUUUCCAGUUUUUGCGGAUGGUAGAGGCUUGUUCAAACUUCCUUAAUGAAGCUCUACACCCAGAAAACUGUAUUGGGAUUCUAAGACUGGCUGAUGUUCAUUCACUGGAUAACUUGAAGCAGCAGGUCAAGAACUACAUUAUACAGAAUUUCACCCAAGUACUGAAAUGUGAUGAAUUCUUAGAGUUGCCCUUGGAUGUCCUAUACUAUGUGCUGAAAAGUGAUGACCUCUGUGUCACUGAAGAAGCUCAAGUGUUUGAAACUGUUAUUAACUGGGUUCGUUACAAAAUACCGGAAAGGCUUCCUUUUCUGCCCUAUGUCCUGGAGAGUGUCCGGUUGCCUCUUCUGGAUCCUUGGUAUUUUGUAGAGGCUGUAGAAGCGGAUCCACUUAUCAGGCAGUGCCCUGAUGUCUUUCCACUGCUUCAAGAAGCCAGAAUGUACCACCUCUCAGGGAAUGAGAUCAUUUCAGAAAGAACAAAGCCCAGGAUGCACGAAUUCCAGUCAGAGGUGUUUAUGAUCAUAGGUGGCUGCACAAAGGAUGAAAAAUUUGUAGCUGAAGUUACUUGCCUUGAUCCCUUGAGGCGCAGCCGUUUGGAAGUGGCAAAACUGCCCAAUACGGAACAAGAAACAGAGACUGAGAUUAAAAAAUGGGUGGAGUUUGCCUGUAUUACAUUAAAAAAUGAAGUCUAUAUAUCAGGUGGGAAGGAAACACAGCAUGAAGUAUGGAAGUAUAAUUCUUCCAUCAACAAGUGGAUACAAAUUGAAUAUUUGAAUGUUGGAAGAUGGAGACACAAAAUGGCUGUACUGGGUGGCAAAGUGUAUGUGAUUGGUGGCUUUGAUGGUAUACAAAGGAUCAACAACGUAGAAACGUAUGAUUCUUUUCACAACUGCUGGUCAGAGGCAGCUCCUCUCAUGAUCAAUGUGAGCUCAUUUGGGGCAGCCAGCUAUAAGAAGAAGCUCUAUGUGAUUGGUGGAGGACCCAAUGGGAAGCUUGCGACUGACAAAACGCAGUGUUAUGAUCCAACAACAAACAAUUGGACGUUAAAAUCUCCCAUGCCUGUUGAAGCAAAAUGUGUCAAUGCCGCAAGUUUCCAUGACCACAUCUAUGUUGUCGGUGGGGCAAUGAGGGCACUGUACUCUUACAGCCCACUCAUGGACACAUGGUGCCUGGUGACUCAGUUGAACCAUGAACGAGCAAGCUGUGGGAUUGCCCCUUGCAACAACAAGCUGUUCAUCACAGGAGGCCGAGAUGAGAAGAAUGAAGUCAUUGCCACGGUGCUAUGUUGGGAUGCAGAGACUCAGAAGUUAACUGAGGAGUGUGUCCUCCCCCGUGGAGUCUCUCAUCAUGGAAGCGUCACCCUCCGGAAGUCCUACACAUACAUCCACAAGAUAGUACCUGGGGCAGUCUCAGUCUGACUUGGAAGGAAGACUCAGGAAAUAAAAAGACAGAAAAAGUAAUAAUGAAACACUUUGUUCCUCCUGACAUUUUGAGUAGGCUGACUGGGAUUAAACCACUGGGCAUGGUAUUUCUUGAGAUAAAUACUUGCAUAUUAGUUCUACUGUACAGCACAGGUCUUAAAUUAUCUUAAUAUCUGGAUAUACCAGGGUAUUUAUUGACCUGUAGUGUCACUCAGUGUGUAGUUCAAAGGUAUGAAAUGGCUCCGUAAAACUGAGCUCUAUGAGUUGCAUUUUUUUGUUAUAGAUGCCAAUUUAGAUAUAAUUAAAUGUGUCUUUUAAAGUACCCUUUUCAUUUUACAUCAGCAGAAAGAUCUAUUACCUCAAAUGAUGUUAACUGAGACCAAAGACUAAAUAAAUAGAUUCUUUUUCAUUAAAAAAAUGACGUAAGGAACAAGAGUGCAAGAGAUAUAGCAAACAGAGGAAGCAACAGUCUCAGGAGACAAGAGAAGCAUAGAUGGAAGAAACAGGAUGAUAAUGAAAGAAAUGCAAGGGGGGAUGGAAAGGAGAUGAGGAGGCAAGGAGUGGUAGCUGGACACAUAACCAGCUGUUGGGCCAGUUCACACACAUCCCACCCUAGUCAAGCCCCUGGCUGAGUUGCUCUGUGGUCACAGAAAGGUCUGAAGAAAAGUCAUGCAGGGAUCUAGGGACAUCUGUUUGCCCUCCCCUAUUUCCAGCUUCUGCUGUUAGUAGAUAAAUUGGAACUGUGAUGCAUCAAGAAAUCACUUCAUUAGUCUAUCCAUUGUUGCUUUUUUCUACACUCCCUAGCAAAUAGUGUGAUACAAGGAGAACCCUGUUGGUUUCAGCAGUGAUUGUAGUAAAGAUAUCUCCCUUCCACCAAGGCAUUUCUACCUUCUUAAUGAUGUGAUUAACCUAAUGCUCUUGCCAGUGCACUUGUCUGUGAAGAGGAUUGGAUAACCUGGCUUACAUUGUAGUAUUAUGCCUGUUGUUUCCUGUUGUGGAGAGUUCAUGACUACAAAAACACUCAAAACAAAGGAAGUAACCAUCUGCCAAGAAAAAAGGGUGUG